AAGCUCUUCACAAGGUAAAAACUCGAAAUGUGAGUAAUCAGUUCGGGUAUUUCUGACCGAAGCCCAACGAAAUCUCCUUCUUCAGAGACUGAUGCUUUGCCUGGCUCUCUUGGCUCUCUCUGCCGCCCUCGCCGAGGCGUCCCCCUUCUUCUUCCGCCGACGGGGCGGCGGCCGCCAGAGGAAGAGGAGGCCCCUGGUCGUGUACGCGACGGACAGCGGAGGCGGAGGCUACGGUGGAGGGGGACAUGGAGAGACUGGAGAUGGAGGGCACGGUGGUGGUGGAGGAGAAGGUUAUGGUGGCGGAGGAGGGGGAGGGCACGGUGGUGGAGAAGGAGAAGGUUACGGUGGAGAAGGAGGAAUUGGUGGAGGAGGAGCCCAAAGUGAAGGAGGUUAUGGUGGCAGUGAAGGACAAGGUGGAGUAGGAGAAGAAGGAGGAUACGGUGGAGGUGGAGGAGGAGGACACGGUGGAGGUGGAGGAGGAGGACACAGUGGAGGUGGAGGACACGGUGGAGGUGGAGGAGGAGGACACGGUGGAGGUGGAGGAGGAGGACACAGUGGAGGUGGAGGACACGGUGGAGGUGGAGGAGGAGGACACGGUGGAGGUGGAGGAGGAGGACACAGUGGAGGUGGAGGACACGGUGGAGGUGGAGGAGGAGGACAUGGUGGUGGAGGAGGAGGUGGAGGACACGGUGGAGGUGGAGGAGGUGGAGGGACGAGCUCUUACAGCGCCAUAAAGAGGUAGUAGUUUCAAAGGCAUUUCGGGAUUACAAGUUGAACUGUUUAAAAGGUUCCUUAUUCUUUAUAAAAUAAUAUAAAGUCCAUGAUAAAGAGAAAACUUUAAAGAAAUGCACACAUAGCCAAAAGAAACCAGUGAGUAAGAAAAGUAAGAAGAAACAGGGGAUGGAAUUAAUGACCGAACUGAGCCAAUAACUUUUGUUCUCAUACGUCAUAGGAAGAGUAGGUGAAAGAAGAGAGAGAGAGAGAGAGAGAGAGAGAGAGAGAGAGAGAGAGAGAGAGAGAGAGCGACAAAGAUAGAUGGAUAGAUAGAAAGAUAGAGAGAGGAGGGUUUGUAGAGUCUACUGACACAAUAAUGUGGGAAUAACUAAUUUAUCCUUUCCUCGGAUAAGGAACCCCCAGCUGUAUUGCAAGGAAGGUGACCUUGGAUAUUUUGGCCUACGGUUAGAUAUACAUAGACUCACAAUAGGCAUAACAUUUCUAUAUAGAAGUAAAAAAUAUAUAUAUUUCCAAUGUACUAAAAAUAUAAAAUACAUUUUUAAUAAAUUAA